CUUCUUCACGCAUUCAGACACUAAACCAUCUUUUUGGCUUUGGCAGGCUUAAUGUCCUUACUUCGUGGCUCCGAAGAUAACUGACACCGCCAUCAUUUCUAUGCAAGAUCAGCACGGACCGCCGCGCUGCCAGUGGCCAGCUUGUGUUUGCAUCAAGAAGGCCUAAACAUCAUGUUUAGGCGUUUACAAUGACGUGCUGUACACCGGCUGGUCCACCUCGAAGUUAGAAGUAUAGUCGAACCAUAUCACCGAUAAAUUGCACGAUCGUUGCUGCAAGUCGCUCUUCUUUGUAGUCACCUUGUCCGAGUCGCAUUACCAGGUUUGAACGUUUGACAUGCACAAUGUCAACGUGUUUUAAGGAAUCCCUUUAUCGUACAAACUCAACAUCACACCCUCUAUCAUUCUGAGGUUGCGCACACGACUCUUCGUCUUCUCCAGCCACAGUGUCAUCAGUCGCUCGAAUCGUCUCAACAUCUGCACUCCAUGUCUCCCAUCCGUGUCGGUCUUAUUGGUCUGUCCGGCUCGCCACCUGACAAAUAUCAAGGAACUGCUUGGGCUGCCUCAGCACAUCUACCCUACCUUCUCAAAUCCGACACAUACGCUCUCGUUGCUUUGUGUAAUACUUCCGUGGCGUCAGCGAAGAACGCAGUCAAGUUGCAUAACCUACCGGAAUCCACGAAGACAUAUGGCAGCGCUGAGGAACUAGCUGCCGAUCCCGAUAUCGACCUUGUCGUAUCAUGCGUCCGCGUGGACAAACACUAUACAACGACCGUACCCGCUCUUCGCGCCGGAAAAGCAGUCUUCGUUGAAUGGCCACUCGGAGCUAACAUAGAAGAAGCGAAGGAGCUGACCGCCAUAGCGAAGAGGUACAAUACGAGGAACCUCGUGGGAUUACAGGGAAGACUCUCUCCUGUAGUUAUGAGGCUCAAGGGAUUGUUGGAUGGGGGUAGGAUUGGCAAGGUCUUGAGCAGCACCUAUCUGGCCGCUCCGACCAAUGGAGGGGCAACGGAGACGUGGUCCCUUGACUACUUCACGAAUAGAGAGGUAGGCUGUAGUAUACUCACUACUGGUGUCGGCCAUUCUCUGGAGUACAUUGAAUACCUAUUUGGUCCCCUCUUGAACGACUCCUUCCACAGCCUCAUGCUCAACGGACAUCCUAUAGUCGACAUCAUCGCACCCGACGGUUCUAUCGCUGAGAAAGGACGCAAGAAAGACGUUCCCGACCAAAUCAUGUUCCACAGCAAAACCUCGAAGGGUAUCCUUUUCUCGUUCUACCAGCGUGGCGGCCAACCCUUCCCUGGCACACCCGCUUUGGAAUGGCGUAUCCACGGCGAGACUGGCGAAAUUCGGAUCACCUCACCCAUCAUUUUCUUGAACUUUGGACACGUUGACACCAAGAUCGAGCUCUACGAUCAUAAAACGGGAAUGGUGGAAGUUGUGAGGGAGGUGGAAGAUGAGCUGGAGGACUUGCCUAUGACGGCGAGAAAUAUUGGAAGGAUGUAUGAGUUGUUUGCGAAGGGCGAGGAGGGAAUUUAUGAUUUCGAGCAUGCCGUAGGGAGGCAUAGGUUUCUGGAAGAGCUGUUUCGUCAAUAUGACGCUCAAGCAUAA